CGCUCCCUCUCCCCCCCACCCGUAUACGACGCCCGCUCCGCAUCGACAACGACACUCACGCCCUACCUGCGCCUCCCGCACCUCCUCUCGCUCACAUGGCUCGCAUACCCGCUCCUCUCCCUCAUCUUCGUCAUCUUCCGGCUCCAGCUCUCCUCCGCGUCCGCGCAGACCGCCACCGCGAACGCCAAGGCCGACCUGCUGUCCGCGUGCGCGGCGGCAGAGAAGGCGGCGACGGACGCGGCGAGCAUGCCGCGCUACAUGGCGAUCGCGACGAACCAGCAGUUCGCGGACGCCGCGAACGGGACGAUGAACGGCGCGCGCGCGGCGCUCGUGCUCGCGCUCACGUGCAUGGAGGCGAUCAUCAAUUUCUUGAUCGAUAUUUACCGCUCCACGUUUUUGUGUUUUCUCGAUCUCGUUGUGUCGGGCGGGUUGUCGCUUUUGAUCAGCGCUGUUCAGGAGGUCCAAAGCUUUCUGCAGAACACUAUUAAUGGCAUCGUCUCUGGCCUCGUGAGCGAUGCCAACUCGGUGAACUCGGCCAUCCAGAGCGCUGUGAACGCGGUCAACAAGGUUAACCCGUUCGGGAACAUCAAUGCGCCUCAGUUCAACACGUCGUCCCUCAGCCAGCUUCAGAAUAUCACGAUCCCCAACGACUUUGAGAAUGCGCUUAUCAAGUUGAACAGCUCGCUUCCGACUUUGUCGUCGAUCAAGGAUGCCAUUCAGGGCUUGGUGGAUACCCCCUUCGAGGCAGUCAAGCAGGAUAUCAACAACACGUUUGCCAACCUCACGUUCGACCCCACCCUAUUUCCCAUUCCUCAACAAAAUACCAUUACGUUCUGCGAUAGCUUGGACACGUCCUCGGUGGACAACCUUGGACAGGAUUUGCUCAAAGCGGCCGAGAUCGGCACCAUCAUCCUCGCUGUCGCGGCCCUCGUGCUUCUUGCAGGUUUCUCUGUCCUGGAGUGGUACAAGUGGCGCUGCCUCCAGUUCCACCUAUCCAACACCCGUGAAGCCUGGGCUUCUGACCCCACCGUCGAUCGGUCGGGUCCGGACCAGGCUGUCCCAACUGUAGUCAUGACCAACCACAACCUCCUCAUGCUCCAAGUCGACGCGCAGCACCCGAUGCUGACGCGCAUGGCCAACUUCCUCGCCGCCCUGCUGCAUCUCAGCCGGUCGCAGCACAUCCACCUCCGCUGGUUCCUGCACUACAUCUUCCACCCGCCCGCGCUUGCGUGCUUCCUCAUCGGCUUCUUCGGCAUCCUCUCCGUCGAACUGCAGCUGCUCGCUGUCGGCCCGCUCGAGGCCAAGUACUCGGCGCAGACGGCGCAGACGGUGAACGACCUCUCGAGCACGAUCGCGGCGCAGAUGAACGCGAGCAUGUACAACCAGUCGUCCGUGUACGCCAGCGGGAUCAACCUCCAGGUCGCGAGCGUGCAGAACACGAUCAACCAAGGCGUGUUCGGGUGGGUGAACGGCACGACGACGACGCUGAACGCGACGCUGAACAGCUUCUACGCGGACGUGACGGGCGCGGUGACGAGCGUGUUCAACGGCACGAUCCUCGAGAACCCCGCGCUGGACUUUGUGAACUGUCUGAUCGGGAGCAAGGUCGAGGCGCUCGAGGACGCGCUCACGUUUCUGAACGAGAACCUGAACGUCGAUCUGCCGCGCGUGAACGAGAGCGUGCUCGUGCUCUCGCCCGCGGACGUGAACGAGGUCACCCAGCCGAUCACGGCGGCUGCUAUCGGCGGCGGCGACGGCUCGAGCUCGGGCGGCGUGAUCGCGCGGCUCGUGGCGACGUACGUCGACUCGCUGCUCAAGGAGCGUAUCAUGUUCGCCGUGUUUCUCGGCCUGUGGGGCGUCGUCGUCGUCAUGGGCCUCGCUGUCGUCUUCUGGCACUCGUACGCGCGCGACUGGGUCGAGGCCUAUAAGCGGCGCCGGUGGCAGCGCGAGCAGCGGGACGGGAUCGAUGCGUUCGAGCCGGCGGCGUACGGGUAUCAUGGUGCGGGCGAGCGGGCGACGCUGGUGGCUGAGAAGCCUGAUGCGGAGAAGGGCGAGAAGGGGCGGGAUGAUGUGCAGCUGCGUUCGUUCGCGCCUGUGCUCGAUGAGUCUCCGCAGCAGCAGCAGCAGCAGCGGUCUGGUGGGUUUAGCCUGGGCCGGAGUCUUACCAAGCUCAGGAUGGGCCCGUUGACGCCCAAGACGCCCAAGCAGCACCCGCUUGAGAACAUGAAUCCCGCGUUUGAGAAGAGCUGGGAUAGCUUCCACCGCCAGGACACGGAGGCGCAGGCUAACGCCUUGCGGGAUAACGAGGGGGCCUCGGGGUCCAAGUGGUUUCAGAGCAUCGGUCGGAGGAUGCGGGACAGCGAGAUUCCAAAGGACUACAGCUUCAAGGACGAAGCGGCGCCUCCCAAGUCCGUGCCCAAGUCCAAGUGGCUCGGCGGUCUCUUCGGGAGGAAGACCACGGCCGACAGCGACGAGUCGUUCGGCGACUCCACCCCCGCCCCCUCUCCUGACACCGGCAGCGCGAGGUCGUCGCCCCGCGGCCGCCCCAACCUGCGGAUCUCGACAGGAAAGGCGUCCGGUAUGAGGUCAAACGAGAACCUUCCCGACAUCGAGGUGCACUCACCCACGUCGACACUGCGCGACCUCGGCCCUGGCCCUGAGCCGCUGCCUGUUGAGAACCUCAAGUCCGCGUGGUCGGUCUCGCCCACGUCCGCGCAGGAGCAGCCUCAGCCGCCGACCCGCCGCAUGCCCCCGCCGCCUCCCCGGCUCCCGCUGAUCCAGACGCAACCCCAGACGCUCCAGUUCGCGGACACACCAGGCCACAAGUUCCCUGUACCCCUGCACCACGGCUUCGCGCACAACCCCGAGCCACCCACACCGCCCGCGCACAAAUUCUAUCCCGCCGCCGUGCGUACGCACCUCGCACCCCCGCCCGCAAUUCCGCCAUCGCAGUUACAUCUGAGCACGGUGGCGAGCUCGCGCAAGCCGACGAUCGUGUCGCUGUCGCCGGAUCGCGGGCCGCGGUCGGAGAGCACGACGCCCGUGACGCGGCUGCUCACGACGCAGCAUGCGCGCAAGUCGAGCGGGGCGGUGGAUCCGUUCGCGACUCCGUUUGACGACACGCACGCUGUUUCAUCGGGCACGGGCGCGUCGCCGACGACGCCGUCGGCGCGGAAGCGGGUGACGAAUCCGUUCGCUGGGGGGUGGGCUGUGUGAGUCCUGAGCUUGAAGCAUGCUUUUAAGGUUUCUUCUUGUUGUUCUCUUUGUCUGUUGCUUGCUUAGUGGCUGGACUGGACUGGAUCGGAACACUCACAGUUGACGACGACACGCACGACGAACCUUUGCCUUGAUAUAUACCUUACUGACGCCGGCACGCCACACUAAUCCAACGAACCGUUACCCCCCUCUCCGCCUUUCCCUUCCAACCCUUUCUGUUGCCGCUUCUGCUCACAUAUAUUGCUAGUAUACCUCGCAUUUAUACCUCUUACGACCACCUUCAACGUUACAUAUAUCCAUUUACACUUGCACGUACGCAUACAUGCACCCACACGUUUUACUGUAUUUCUACUACAACCCUGGACCGGUAUCUGUUAGCUUCUACCCUUGCCGCGCAG